UCGUGCUAGAGUGGCGCACUGGCAAUCAAUCCUUCUAACCUCCAAAGAAAUGUUUAUUGUUGAAAUGUCAAACUUACGCCAAACAUGACUUAAAAUAACGCGAGUGUAUCAGAAACCCUAUCCAAACAAAUUGUGCCAUGUAUUUGACGAGGGGCCGCAUCAAACUCAAGUGUUAACCUCCACUCUAAAAUGACUAUACCCACAAAAAUCACAAUAUCAAAAGUGUACAAUUACACCCACAAAACGUCUUUAUACAAAAAUUUCUUUUUCGGUGUGUUUCUGAUUUUAAUCGUGACCACAUUCACUGUUCUUUCAAGACUACGUAUCAGCAUUCGUGACGAAUCCUCGAAUUUCAAGAAAAUCUCGCUCACACACAUUCGAAGCUUGCCUGAAUUUAGAUUAAGGACUAAUAUUGCAUUGUUGCCCAGAAAUCCAGAAUGUACCCAUUGGGACUGCUUCAACAUCUACAGGUGUGGACGCACGGGUCAUGACAGAAUUGCCGUGUACGUGUAUCCUCCACGGAAAUAUGUGGAUGAGGAGGGAUUUUCUGCGACUGAACUCAUGUCUAAAGAAUAUUUAACGCUGCUACAGGCUGUGGUCAAUUCCAAAUACUACACUGCGAAUCCUCACGAAGCAUGCAUUUUCAUUCCAUCUAUUGACACUUUAAAUCAGGAAAGACUCAGGCCAAAUCUCACUUCAAGAGCUCUACACAGCUUGCCUUUUUGGAAUUACGGAGAAAAUCAUCUCAUUUUCAACAUGAUAUCCGGCAGCGCCCCCGACUUUCCGUCUGUAAUAGAGUUAGAUACUGGCAAGGCCCUGAUUGCCGGAGCCGAUUUCGACAGAUAUUCGUUUAGGGUGAAUUUCGACGUUUCGAUACCGUUAUUCAGUCCCAUUUUAGAAAUGGGAGUAACGCAGAAAAAUCUUCAUCGUAAAAGGUCGUGGUUGGCGACGUCCUCCCAACUACACCUCUAUUCUAAUUACUGGGGCGUCUUACAGAAGUUAGCAUAUCGUAAUCCCGACUUGUUAGUCGUCAGUGCCUGCCAUAAUCAUAAUUAUACAAAACGUUGCAAGGACAACCCCGAAGAAAAAUUCAACUAUCCUGCCGUACUCCAGGAUAGCACCUUUUGCCUUAUUUUUCGAGGCGAAAGGAUAGGUCAGUUCGCUUUAUUGGAAGCGAUGGCCGCCGAUUGUAUCCCCGUCAUCGUCAUGGAUGGCGCCGUGUUGCCAUUUAGUAAUGUGAUAGACUGGAAACGGGCCGCCGUUUUCAUCAUGGAAAACUAUUUACAUACCCUGAUGGACGUAUUAGGGAAAAUUUCUCCCAAGCGUAUACGUCAGAUGCGGGAAACCAUCCGAUUUCUGUAUAAUUCGUACUUCUCCAGCAUAGAUAAAAUCGCCCUGACGACCUUGGAUAUCAUCCAAGACCGGGUUUAUCCGCACUGGAGCCGAAUCUAUGAUGAUUGGAAUUUGAAGCCUGAAGAAAAAAACACGAAUCCGCUUUUCCUUCCGCUGACGGCACCGAAAUCGCAUGGAUUUACCGCUGUUAUUUUAACAUAUGACAGGGUCGAUAGUCUUUUUACGCUGAUCGAUAGGUUAUCAAGAGUUCCUAGUCUUAUGAAAGUGCUCGUCGUUUGGAAUAACCAAAAGAAGAGUCCACCGCUUUUGUCAUCAUUUCCCCAAAUUCAAAAACCCGUGAAAGUUAUCAGAACAAGUGCCAACAAACUGUCCAAUAGAUUUUAUCCGUAUAACGAGAUCGAGACAGAGGCCAUUCUCCACAUCGACGACGACAUCGUCAUGUUAACCGCCGACGAAGUGGAAUUUGGUUACGAAGUGUGGAGAGAAUUUCCGGAUCGGAUAGUGGGGUUUCCAUCCCGCACCCACAGGUGGGACAACGUCACCAAUACAUGGACGUACGAAUCGGAAUGGAAGAACGAAAUUUCGAUGGUGCUAACCGGCGCCGCCUUCUUGCACAAAUACUGGAGCUUUUUGUACACGACGGCGAUGCCAGCGGGAGUCAGAGAUUGGGUGGAUGAACAUAUGAACUGUGAAGAUAUUGCCAUGAAUUUCCUAGUUGCUAAUGUGACAAACAAACCGCCUAUCAAAGUGACGCCCCGGAAGAAGUUCAAAUGUCCGGAGUGCGUAAAUAACGAGAUGCUAUCAGCAGAUUUGGGGCACAUGAUUGAAAGGUCGCAAUGCGUCGAUAGGUUUGCGAAGGCUUUCAAUCGUAUGCCCUUGAAGUCGGUCGAAUUUCGAGCGGACCCCGUACUCUUCAAAGAUCCAUUCCCAGAGAAGUUGAAACGCUUUAACGAUAUUGGCAGCUUGUAGAUCAAUUGUCACGUUGUAUUUGUUUUUAAUUAAUUAUUUUUGUUUGUUGUAGAUAAUGUGUACAUAUCGUGUAAUUUUAUUGUUGUAUAGAUUUUGAACCAGGGUUAUAAUUUUUUAUACAAGUUUUUAUUGAUGUGUAUAUGUUGUAAAUGAAAGUCAAAUUAUUAUUUUUAUUAUUUAUGUUAUUUUUACAGUAAGUGCUUUUUUACGUACACAGAUGACUUAUUGAGGGACUGACUUAGGUUAGAACUCACUCCGUUUAUAUUAAAAAAAUAAAUGUGGAGAAACGAUUAUAA